AUGGCGAGGUCUGCGACCGGUCGUGAACUCACGGACGACCAACGAACGGCAUUGUACCAUCGUCUUCUACAGCUCAAGAAGAACGGCCGUGUCGGUUCCGGGGACAUGAAGGAGCUCAUGCGCACGUUCAAUGUCUCGCGACAAACCGUAUCCCGCAUUUGGCUCCGAGGUUGCCAUACGGCUGCUGAGACGGGAUGCGCCAAGGUUGCGUCAAAGAAGAGAGGUCGCUGUGGUGCGACCCGCAAGCACGAUGGUAACAGUGUACGAGACGUCGUGACAAGUAAGCCGUCGUACCGACGAUCCAACUUCCGUUCAUUGGCGGCUGCAACUGGGAUACCCAAGAUUUCGCUUUGGAAUCUCCUGCAGGCCAACAAACUUCGCCGCCGCACGAGCCGUGUGAAGCCCAUGUUGUCCGUCAAGCAAAAGUCCGACCGCUUCAACUACGUCCAGAAGUUAGUGCGGUCGGGUCAUGUGGGAUGGCAAGAUUGGACUGUGCCCAUCGUCGAAACCAAAGUGACGGCACGUCGGAGCAAGAAUUGUGACCGUGGCACGCCCGGCACUGUCGCCAUGACGGUGACAAAGCCCAUCUACCGUCGACUGUUGGUUGACAAGGUUAUACCAGCUAUCCAAGCGAAGUGGCCUGGGCGGCGUGGUGGGACAAUUUACCUGCAGCAAGACAACGCGCGACCGCAUGUUGCUGUUGACGACGCAGAGGUGGUGGCUGCCAGCCGCAAGAACGGCUGGAACAUACAGCUGGUCGCGCAGCCAGCAAUGAGUCCGGACUUCAACGUCCAUGACCUUGGUUUCUUCAACGCUAUCCAAAGUCUACAGCACCAGACUGCUGUGCGGACAAUAGGAACGGAGGAAGUAUAA